AUGCAGGAUGUGCCAUAUAUGGGUACUUUAGAUUGGUCAAUAAGCUCAAGAUUGAAGGAUGUGAUGAACCAAUUUCAAAAGCAUCUGGACAAUCUUCAAGAAUUUUGGUCUGUCUUGGAUGAUAUCGACAAGUCUCUCUGUGUUGUUGAUGCUAAGCAACCAUCUCGUGCUUCUCCUGUCCGUCGGAUUCAUGCUGCGAAUUGCUUAGACAGGUGCCGGUUUAUUGGUCCUGUGCCUCUGCAUAUGAACGACUUAUGGAGAAGAAAUAGCAAAAAAUGGUCAAAGGAAAAACCAUUCCCUGAGAACCUUGAAUGUAUUUUAGGUACUGAGCUUCCAAAGCGUACAAAUCUCCAAGCAGAAGACCAUCAUCAACAAAUUGAAUGCGGAAUUUGCUAUGCGCAGUUUCUACCCACCGAUGAGGAACUCGGAGCUAGAAGUGGGACGAGAACACACUACACCUGCGAAAACAUCAGUUGCAACAAGUCUUUCCAUAGCAUUUGCCUCACAGACUGGUUAAGGUCUAUCACAACAACGAGACAGUCAUUUGAUGUUCUGUUUGGGAACUGCCCUUACUGUUCAGACCCAGUCGCAGUCAAAAUCAACAACAAAUAG